GCCAAGAGAAGACGCAAAGAAGAUGCAGAGUGUCGUUGCAUGCGUGCUUGUGUUUGUGGCGGGGGCGUCGGCUGUCAUGCCUGCAGGAGGAUUCGCAGCCUCGCCCUGGCUUGACACCUCGAUGUGCCCCCCCACCGACUCCCUGAUGGUGUGCCAGCUGAAGAAGGGCCAGUGCUCCCCCGUGGGCUCCGUGUUCUCCCCCCCGGGCGGCCCCGUCAAGGCCAUCACCUCCUGCGCCAACACCACCGGCGUCGUCCUCGGCCCGCAGUUCUUCAUGAGCAUUGGCCUGGCGUUCGUGUCGGGCAGCCCUGAGAGCUUAGCCGACAAGACCUCCUCCGACCCUGCCGCCGUCACCGCUAUCCGCCGCUGCUCCCUCAACACCACGGGUCUGCUGAACGCCGACAUGAUGACCCUGAACCGCACCGCCGUCGCCGCCUCCGUCGCCUCCGCCUUCAGUACCCCCGCUAUGGGCGCCGCCGUCGCCUCCGCCGUCGCCUCGUGCCCUGAACCCGUCGACUACAAGAUCACCGACUUCGUGACCUGCCUGAAGACGGCCUGCAUGAACAGCGUGUCCGUGUCCCCGUUCAUGCAGAUGGCCACCGCGUCCUUCCAGAGCAUGACCGCUGCUCCCGCCGGUGCACCAGACGCGGCCUAGGAUUCCCGUUGUGCGAGGGCGUGAGGGAAGAAAGGAAUCCUUCCACGCUGGUAUCGUCACGUCGAUUCCCCCUCUUGCGUUGCGGAAGUUUUCAUCCUCAUUCAUCCCUUUUCGUCCAGACCUCCUCGUCGCCCGAACGAUAGAUUCUCCAAGUGACGCGAAUUCUUUGUUGUUUUGAAUACGUCUUCUCGUAUUUUGCAGUGAUUGUUAUGCUAUCUUGCGGUUGGUUUUAGAAUUGAUCGCAAAUGAAAAUGUAGAAAGUGUAGAAAAUUAUAACAGUGGAACGAU